GCAGGCAAGGGAGAGGAGGAGGAGGAGGUGACGGCGAGGCCACGGCGGAGGCGACGGCACCACGCGCCGGCCACGAGAAUGCCCCCGACGAUCGGGGAGACGCUGCGCGUCUGGUUGCUGUCGGCCCUCGUCGUCCACGGGGCGGUCGCUGGCAAUCCGGAUGCCAAGCGGCUCUACGACGAUCUGCUCUCGAACUACAACAAACUCGUCAGGCCCGUCGUCAACACGUCCGACGUGUUGCGGGUCUGCAUCAAGCUCAAACUAUCCCAGCUCAUCGACGUCAACCUGAAAAAUCAGAUAAUGACGACGAAUCUGUGGGUCGAGCAGUCGUGGUACGAUUACAAGCUGCGCUGGGAGCCAAAGGAGUACGGGGGCGUGCACAUGCUGCACGUGCCCUCGGAUCACAUAUGGCGACCCGACAUAGUCCUCUACAAUAACGCCGACGGCAACUACGAGGUGACCCUGAUGACCAAAGCCACCGUCUACUAUUCCGGAUUGGUCGUCUGGCAGCCGCCGGCAGUUUAUAAGUCCUCCUGCUCCAUCGACGUUGAGUUCUUUCCUUACGACGUACAGACCUGCGUUUUGAAGUUAGGCUCCUGGACCUAUGACGGCUUCAAGGUGGAUCUGAGGCAUAUGGACGAGAAAUCCGGCAGCAACGUCGUCGACGUGGGUGUCGACCUAUCCGAGUUCUACAUGUCCGUCGAGUGGGACAUACUCGAAGUUCCUGCGGUGAGGAACGAAAAGUUUUACACGUGCUGCGACGAGCCUUAUCUGGACAUCACGUUCAACAUAACGAUGCGCCGGAAAACCCUUUUCUACACGGUCAACAUCAUUAUCCCGUGCAUGGGCAUAUCCUUUUUGACUGUGCUUACCUUCUACCUUCCCAGCGAUAGUGGAGAGAAGGUGACGUUGUCCAUUUCGAUCCUCAUUAGUCUCCACGUGUUCUUCCUGCUGGUCGUCGAAAUCAUACCACCGACCUCCCUGGUCGUGCCUCUGCUCGGCAAGUACCUCAUAUUCGCCAUGAUCCUCGUCUCGAUAAGCAUAUGCGUCACCGUGGUCGUUCUGAACGUCCACUUCCGCUCGCCGCAGACCCACAAAAUGGCGCCCUGGGUCAAACGGGUCUUCAUACACAUACUCCCGAGGCUCCUCGUCAUGCGGAGGCCCCAGUACAAGUUCGAGCCCACGAGGUUUACAUCGAGAGCGGCGCUGAUGCGGGGCAUGCGGGGCAGCAAGGACAAAUCCUUCUACCCGUACCACGCGUCCUGCCACGACAUGGCCGACGAGCACUUCACGCCCUCGAAACGCUUCCAUAGCCACGCCUCGUCCAGGGACGACCUCUCACCCUCCAACCUCGUGGACGGGGCACACUUUGGCGGGAGCUGUCUGAUCCACGGGACGCCGAGUCUGCCCCGGCUGCCCCUGCACGCCGACUGCGAGGAGCUGCAGAUCGGGCCAACGGACGAGGAGGCGGCGGCUGCCAUCCUUGACGGCACCAAGAGCCCCGUGCUCCGGCCGACCUCCACCUUCUCGCACUCAAAGUGCCCGCCCGAGCUGCACAGGUCCUGCAUCUGCGUGCGCUUCAUCGCCGAGCACACAAAGAUGCUCGAGGACUCGACAAAGGUGAAGGAGGACUGGAAGUACGUGGCGAUGGUGCUGGACCGGCUGUUCCUCUGGAUCUUCACUCUGGCGGUGCUCGUAGGUACGGCGGGCAUCAUCCUGCAGGCGCCGACUCUCUACGACGACCGAGUUCCUAUCGACAAGAAGUUCAGCGAGUUCGCGACGACGACGAUCGUCAAGUGCCCGCCACCCCAGUAAAUAGACCCACCUCCUCCUCCUCCUCUUCUUCUUCUUCUUCGCUCUGCUCUGUUGGUGCUGCCUUGGUUCGAGCGGAAGAUCGCGCGAGUGCGACACGACUCAGGUAACUUGUCGCUGAAAUUUGCGCCCACCCCCUUCCCCCCCCCCCUUUUUUUUCUUGCGUUUCUCCUCUCGAGGCGUCGUUGGUGCUCGAGUUGUGUUUUCGCUGCUAACCGGGGCGUAUUAUUUUCUUAAGAAAACAGAAAUUCAAGCCUAGUAUGCGAUGAAACAAAAACAAACAAAAAAACAAACAAAAAUUGCAUAAAAUAAAAUCAAAAAGUUGGAUGGAUUCGUCGUUAUAACAGUAGAGAGAGACAACGUAAUGCCGUAUUUAUGUGUAUAACGAUGUGUAGGUAGAUGAAAUAGCACAGAAAUCAUUGAUCAUUCGUUAACAAAAUCGAUAUAAUUAAAUUGUUUUUAUUUUCACUCGUCAAGAGAAUAAAUAAUUACU